UUUUACCAGAUGUGCCCAGUAAGUUAACUAAGUAACUUGAGAUGUGACUUCAGGGUGGAGGACCUGCACCCAGUGGCCACCUACCUGGUGGCCCGACCCUUCCCAUCAUUAGGGGAUGGAGGCUGGCCCAGAAGGCCGGGCACUGGGGUGGCGGCCGUGUGGGAGCUGCCUUUCCCACUUCCUCGAAGCAGGCACUGUCUGCUGUCCUUAGAUCUGAGUAUCCGUUAACUUUUGUCCUCUCUUCCCGUUCCUUUCUUCACUCCCUGCCGCAGAUUAGGAGUUCCUACUCUAUCACAGUAUGAAAGAAAAGUCACUUUUCACAUUGGACUCAAGCCGUUUUUGCAAAGUAAACUAAGAAGUAUCUUGGAGCCCUGAGUGAGUCUCCCAGUGCUGCUGCAGGGCUGGACUAGGGGAUUCCAGCCAGCAGUCUCUGAGGGCUCUGUAGGGUCUGAGGAAGAGGGUUCCCCUCUCUGGAAAUGUCUGUUCUCUGCUGUUCAGGAAAAGCCUUGUUAAGAUUUCCUCCAAAACACUCAUGCGCAGCAGGCACGGUUCGGUUUUCAGCCCUCCCACAGGGCCAGCAGCUGAGGUUUUUCUGGAAGACUCUCUAUGCCUUUCUCUGGGGGAGGGGUGAUGCUACGGGUUGGAAGGAGAUGCCAGAGCCUCUGCUGGGACAGGAGCUUCGCUUUAGCCCCCACAGGUGUCUGCUGUGCUGCCCAGGCGGUGGCUACUUCCUAAGCACUCCUUCCAAGGCAUUACUCCUUUGUUGUUGUUGUUGUUGUUUGAGGCAGAGUCUUGCUCUGUUGCCCAGGCUGGAGUGCAGUAGUGCAAUCAUGGCUCACUGCAACCUCCGCCUCCCGAGUUCAAGUGAUUCUCCUGCCUCAGCUUCCCAGGUAGCUGGGAUUACAGGCGCCUGCCACUGCACCCAGCUAAUUUUUAUAUUUUUAGUAGAGACGAGGUUUCACCAUAUUGGCCAGGCUGGUCUCAAACUCCUGACCUCAUGAUCUACCCGCCUUGGCCUCCCAAAGUGCUGGGAUUACAGGCAUGAGCCACCGCACCCAGCCACUCAAAGCGUCAUUCCUUACUGAAUAAACGUGCCAGGUCCCCCGACUGCCUCACCCCAGGCCUGUGUGUCUCUGUGGGUUCACCCUCCAUCCUUGCUCCUCCUGGAGUGGAUAAACCUCCAUCUCCCCUUGGAGAGCUGGCAUGUUGCCUCCUCCUGCACCAUCACCCCUACAUUCCUCUCAAUCCCCUCAUCUGCCAUGGUUUUCAUUUUCCCCAGGUCCCAGGUGUGACACCUUCAGCAGGUCUCAGGGAAGAUGGCAGCCCUAGGGGACAUUCAGGAGUCCCCUUCUGUCCCGUCCCCUGUCAGUCUCUCAUCACCGGGGACACCUGGAGCCCAGCACCACGAGCCUCAGCUUCACCUCCAUGGGCAUCAACAUGGCUCCCCUGGCUCCAGCCCUAAGGUGCUCUCCCAGCCGUCUGACCUGGAUCUCCAAGACGUAGAGGAAGUGGAGAUCGGCAGAGACACCUUCUGGCCCGACUCCGCGCCCGAGCCGGAGCAGGCUCCACGCUCCCCCGGCUCUCAGGCCCCUGACGAGGGGGCGGGCGGGACGCUGCGCAGCCUCUUGAGGAGCCUUCCCCGCAGGGCCCGGUGCGGCGCCGGCUUCGGGCCUGAAUCCAGCGCGGAGCGGCCGGCGGGCCAGCCGCCUGGGGCCGUCCCUUGCGCCCAGCCGCGGGGCGCCUGGCGCGUGACGCUUGUGCAGCAAGCUGCGGCCGGGCCCGAGGGUGCGUCGGAGCGGGCCGCCGAGCUGGGAGUCAACUUCGGUCGGAGCCGGCAGGGCAGCGCGCGGGGGGCCAAGCCGCACAGGUGCGAGGCCUGCGGCAAGAGUUUCAAGUAUAACUCGCUGCUACUGAAGCACCAGCGCAUCCACACGGGCGAGAAGCCCUACGCCUGCCACGAGUGCGGCAAGCGCUUCCGCGGCUGGUCGGGCUUCAUCCAGCACCACCGCAUCCACACGGGCGAGAAGCCCUACGAGUGCGGCCAGUGCGGCCGCGCCUUUAGUCACAGCUCACACUUCACGCAGCACCUGCGCAUCCACAACGGCGAGAAGCCCUACAAGUGCGGCGAGUGCGGCCAGGCCUUCAGCCAGAGCUCCAACCUGGUGCGCCACCAGCGGCUGCACACGGGUGAGAAGCCCUACGCCUGCAGCCAGUGCGGCAAGGCCUUCAUCUGGAGCUCCGUGCUCAUCGAGCACCAGCGCAUCCACACUGGCGAGAAGCCCUACGAGUGCGCCGACUGCGGGAAAGCCUUCCGCGGCCGCUCGCACUUCUUCCGGCACCUGCGGACCCACACGGGCGAGAAGCCUUUUGCUUGCGGCGCCUGCGGCAAGGCCUUCGGCCAGAGCUCCCAGCUCAUCCAGCACCAGCGGGUGCACUAUCGCGAGUAGCCGGGCGGGGGCUCGGGGCUCGGCCUCCUACCUGCCCCGCACCCGCCCCCCACCCACCCCCCCGGUGGGCACUGCCCAGCACCGCAUGCCACGUGUCCGGAAUAAAUUCUUUUUGAUUGUUGGAA